AUGCCGAUUGGCGAUCGAGUGUCCAAAUCUCUGUCCGAGAUUCUUGCUGGACACCGCCAUCCAUCCAUUUCUAUUUUUCGCUCCCCACUGCGACACCCGGAUAAUGAUGAAGAUGAGAGAGCUCAGAAGAACACGUUUACGAAAUGGAUCAAUUAUCAUUUAGAAGAACACUCAGCCUCCGGACAUGUGGAGGAUCUGUAUGAAGACAUCAAAGACGGCGUUUUUCUGUGCCGUCUCAUCGAGGUGUUGACCGGUGAAGCACUGCCGAUCAACAAAUCCCGACAAUCGAAACGCGUUCACCACAUCGCGAAUCUCACCACCGCGCUGCAAGUGUUGAGACAUCGUGGCCUCGAGUUGAUCAACAACAACGCGUCGGAUUUGGCUGAUGGAAAUCCGCGGAUUGUGUUGGGCUUGAUCUGGCAGAUCAUCUUGCACUUCCAGAUUGAAACCAACGUUCAAUUGUUACGAGAAUGGGGCUGGGGCGCCACGGCGACUCCACAAAGAAGCCCGCUCAAGCAGAGACUCAGAGAAUUCAUGCCCGGCCCAUCAAGUUCAUCACCGCGUUUGGGCGCGCACAAGAUGAAGAGCAACGUUGAGGCGGUGCUGCUGCGAUGGAUAAACGCUGAAAUCGCUGAACAGCUAGGGAUGAAAGUCGAAAAUAUGGAUAAAGCGUGGAAAGACGGACUACUCUUCAAUGCGCUCGUUCACAAGUGGAGACCCGACAAAAUCGAUUUAGAGGCUGUGAAAAAGCGAACUCCGAAGGAGAACUUGGAAAACGCUUUUGAGGCGGCGCAUCGAUAUUUGGGGAUUCGACGGCUGUUGGAAGUUGAGGAUUUGUUGUGUGAGAAGCCGGAUAAAAGAUCAAUCAUCACCUACGUUUCGCAAUUCGUUCGAACAGCCGGCGAGAGGCGACCGAUCGAGGAGGGUGCUCAAUUCGCUCCAUUCUUGCAAUGGCUCGAGACGGUUUAUCAUCAGGAAAUGAAUCCCGAAGAUAAUCAUGCCUAUUUCCGGCUUCGACGCGAAUUCCUCGAGCAUCGGCAAACGUUUCAAACGAUUCUCGCCACAAAGACUAACUUCAGCGUCGACGAGUUGACCGAGAUUGAGAAUAAAUGGGAUCGUGUGAGAACCCGGCUGGAAGCGGCGGCUUCCCACGCCGAAAAGGAUCUCCCCGAGCCAUUCGCCUCGCUUUCGAUGUGGACAACGCAUGGACAAAUGCUUCUGAAUACACCCCUUCAACUCUAUCAACACGAUCCGCAGAAGACGGUCAACUUGUUGCACAGUCUCAUCGAUGAGCAUCAGCGUCAUUUCGCCGAUCUUCGAGCGAAACAGGACGAGCUGCAGACAGCGUCAGCUUCGCGCGGAGUUGGCGGACGCGCGGUGCCACCAGAAUUCUCCGAACCAUUACGCAUUCGAAUGGGACAAAUGAGUCAAGAAGUUCCUGCGAGAAUUGCCACGCUAAAGAUUCUCCUCUCACACUACAUCAUUUUGGCGUAUCUCGCCGAUUUAGAGGACAAAAUCGAGUUGUGGAAGACGGCCGACUCAUUGGCGUUGCUGAAUCGUUGGAUCAAGGAGUACAAUCAAACCACGUCGGAGAACCCAAGGAAAAAAUUCGAUCAUCACAUGGAACGUUUAAGGCGAACGGUGAUCACUCAGCCAGAAACAAAGCUCGACGUGAAUGGUCUGGCCACGCAAUGUGUGCAACGAGCGCAAGAAGCACUGGGGAAAUUCGAUGCCUGCAAGAGUGAAUUGCUGACUUUGCGAGCGAUGUGGACCGAAUGGGAACGCGAAAUUUGGCGGCUCGAGGAGUUGGCACAACGGGGAAUCGACACGAACACGAACACGCUACAAAAAGAAAGCGAUAACCUUCGAGAAAUCGAGGCUGGUGCUGACCGCUUGGCGCCAUUGUUGGGCGCGUCUGCUCGAAUCGCCAACAAUCAACGCAUCGAGUUGUUGAGACAGCGGGCAAAGCAAUUGGCUAAGUUCGCUGUCAGUGCUCGGCUGGUAGUCGAGCUUGGCGGUCCAUCCACUUCUCGAGGCGCUUCACCACACUUCGAAAUAGAUGAUCCGCUUACAAAAGUUGCCCCGAGAUUGGAGGCUGUCCCACAGUACGCCCGGCCCGACUUAGAGACGUUGAGCGCGGCAGUUGCCGUCUCCGUUCUCCAAGCGACUCAACUGAUUCGAGACAUUGAUGAAUUUGUUGGUGUCCCUCAACGUGCGACGAAGUCGAGCGAGCCCGAGUUCGCUCGACGCGCCCAUCGGAUGGAGUUGCAAAGAAAGGCGGGCGCUCUUCGGAAUGGAAUGCCGAUGAUGCAACGAAUCGAGCACCAUCUGGAGGACAUCGAGAAAUGGCUUGUCGAUCCGGAUCCAUAUGUGCGUGCAAAAGCUGAAGAUCUCCUCGAUCAAGUGCUGCGUUUGAUCGCCGUGCUGAAGGGAGACGAGUUCGUUUACGCGAUCGACACGAGAUAUUAUCAGCAGAGAUACAAUCGAGCGCUAGCGGUGUCUACUGGGCAACCGGUCACUUCGAUUGAAGAGUCUCCAUUGGAUGAGAGCUACGUUCGAGAAGUGGUGGCCCGAAAAGCGGAAAUUGUGAAUAGAAGAGAGAGAGACGAGGCUGAGAUGAGGGCUAGUGUUAGAGACAUGCAAGACUGUGAUGAGAUCUUGGCUGGCUGGCACUCGAAUAGGAUUCACGAUUUGAACGACAGAUGGAACUACAAGAUGCACGAAUUCACCGCUUACGAGAGAAUGGUGACAAGGCUGACGAUCAUCAUCGAACAACUUGACACCGGCGCAUCAGCGUCAAGCCAAAUGCUGGCAGAUUUGGUCACGAUGAGGGCCGAAGCGUCUACGUUCAGAGAAACCGGUCUUGGUUCAAACCUGUUGGCCCCGUUGGACGAUGCUUUGAAUCGAGCCGAGUCAUCGCUGGAGGAACGGCUGGAAGGGCUGAGAAUGGCCGGUGAAGAGGACACGCCACAUGCACAUGAAAUCGUCAAGGAGGUAGGCGAACUCGAGAGCGGCCGUUUUGGUGCCCGACUCACACGAACUCUCGACGAGACUCGAAGCACUUUGAGUGCAAAAAUGGAGUUGUUCAGAAGACUCCAAACUUUCUACGACACGGUCAAAUUUUUGCGACAUCAGAACGCUCAAUGGAACAUCAUCAGCCUCUCGCAGGUGUCGGCGGUCACCGGUGAGUUGGUUGUGCAAUUGUCGCGAGCCGAUGAAUGGAGACGAGACGCGGCGAUCCUUCGGCGGGAGGUCGCUGCUAUUCACGGAUCAUUCUUCCAAUUGGAAUUCGACCGGGUCAAUGAGAAACUCAAUCUCCUUGUGUUCGACUUGGAGAAACUCGUCGAAUUGAUGCAACGAAGACGCGCCUUCCUCGAGGCUGUCGAGAAUUUCACGACAGUCGCCGAGACGGGUCUCGAUCCACGACUACUUGCCACCUCCAGCGAAACACCAAGCGAUAUUCAACGAAUCACGAACGAUGCGUGCGCGGACCUCGAGAGACGAGCCGAAUUGCUGUGCCAAUUGCAGGCGGCCGCCGAGAUGGUUGUGCACGAUUUGAGUGUCCUACAAAUUAUUCGAACUUUCCGACGACGACAUCUCGGAGAGUUGGCGGAGCCCGAGAUGUUCGCAGUGGUGACGGCGGUGCAAGACGCGUUGAGUCGGUCUCUCAUCAGCGAGAGGACCGCCACCGCCCGCGCCUCCGACCCUAAACAAGCAUUGCCACUAAUCCUUGAAAUGAAAGAAGAAGAAUCCCGAGAGGCGCGAUUGAUCGAGGACUUGGAUGCAGUCCCCAUCGACGACUCAAGUCAUAGAGACGCCAUUACACAAUUGAAGAGCCGAAUGCUUGAAAGAGAUACACAGAGACGAACCCUGAUCAUCACGGUGAUUCGGGUGUAUCUCGACUUGCUCAACGCGCGUUUCAUGGAAUUUGAGCGACAAUUCGGCGCACUUAUCAUGGCCGGGAAUACACAAGAGGUUCAAAUGUUGAACGAUACCGAAUGGAACAAAUGGAAAUUGGCGGUGAGCGAAUUGGAGAAAACGGUGGGCGCCGAGUUGCGGCUGAAGCUGAAGCCCGAGUUCGCGGAUAUGGAAAGAAAGGCUUUCUCAUUGGAUGGCCGAAUCGCUAAAUACCUCCACGAAUCGCAGCGUCAAAAGCAUCGUGAGGAGCGCUUGUUGGGCAAACUAACCCCAUUCGCGCAAUGGUUGGACACCGUGGAAAUGGAAAUGGAUCAAGUGGAAAAUGGAAAUGAGGAGUUGACGGUGAAACAAAAGAAGCUGCGUCAAAUUCGUGAGAGCGCGCUGUCCCAGCGUAAAUUGGUGAUACGCCUGGAGACAUUACGGGUACACGAUCGGGUUCUCAUCGAUGAGCUGUGCACCAGGUAUGGUAGCCUGAUGGCUCGACUCUCGACUUACAGUAUCUCCGAGACGGACGCUCUCCCGUUGCAUGUACAGACGAAUUUGCCGUCGACUUCUGUUGGCUCACAACUAUCCGUUUCAUCGUCGGCCUCAGAAUCGCCAGAGAGGCGGAUCUCGAUCGUUUCUGAGCGCACCGAUGUCGUUUUGCCUGUCGAGAUUCUCCCAACCGCUUCCGGACAAGAAUUUGUGGCUGAAUUGGAGGGAGAGGUCGACAACGUGGCCCUCUACGCACGUGACGUUAUCGAACUCUAUUCAAACAUGGCCAGACCAGCUGUUUUCGUCAGCGUUGACUACGAGAAAUUGAAGGAAAUUCUCAAAUGGAUCCACUCGGUCGAGCAAUCAAAUACGGGUAUCGAGCAGGGCUUGGACAACGGACAAUUGGCCGCCUUUGAGGCGAGCCGACAAAAGUUGCACGCUUUGCGGAACUAUGUACAGGGAGCUGUCACCGAGAUGGAAAGGGAGCUCAACGAGGAGGCGGCACUCAUCGAAAAGCAUCGAGACAUUAUGGAGGAACUUCAUGAACUCGAAGAAACGGUGAAAUCUCGUUCUCUCGGCGAGCUAGACGUGAACGAAGAGCUCGAGAAGCUGCAAUUGGAGAUGAAUCUGUUGCGCGGACUGUGCCAUCAACCGCGGAAAUACGUCGAAUGUGAGCUUGACACAAGCAGUCGUCCAACGACACCCUCGAAGAGGAAGAAGAAAGUGCUUGUCAUGGUCACGAAUACGGUCACGACGAUUAUUCAGGUGGUCGAGGAGCGAAUCCUUCGCUAUGAAGAAGACUCAAUUCCACCGAUUUCCGAGAUCAAAGAACGGUUGGAAGAGCUGAAAGAAGAAAUGGAAAGACCACCGGAAAGGAGAAUCGAAUUGGACAUCUUGCUGAGAAAAGCCGCCGAUCUACAACGUGAGGCAGAGAUGGCCACUGCGGAGAGAAAUCUGCCCGAGAUCUUGCGAGUUCACGAGGAGUUGAGCGUGAUUCUCGAGCAAGUCCGGGAGAUCAACAAGGAGAAACACGAUGCGAAAUUGUAUGAGGACAAUGUGAACACGAUGCUGAAAACACUUGAAAAGUCGGCCGAUUUCGUCGCUGAAGCGUUGAGUCCAACGUCGACCGAGCUUCAUGAAGAGAUCAUCACUGAAUCAACGUCAGCUGAGAAAGAAGCUGCUGAUUUGAAGAAAGAAGAGCUAUCACUAGCAUCAACUAGUGUUGAAGAUUCGGAAACAAGUGAACGAUCAAAAGAUAAAGCUAGAGAAUUGGAAUAUGAUGCUUUGAGGGAGCAGCCGGCAGCCAAAGAAGAAGAUUUGGCAGAGCCUAAAGUUGACCAAAAGAGGCAGACACCAGAAAUUGAGAUCACGGCACCGUUGGAGCCCGCUAGAUCAGAAGAAGACCUUCAAAUGGUGACAAGUGAAAAUUUGCAGAAAGAAGAAGAGUCUCUAGCUUCAACCAGUGAACAAUCAAAGUCAAUAGAAGGUGAAGAGCUUGAAUAUGGAGAUUUGAAAAGAAAACCUGAAGAAGAAGUUGAGAUCAUUGUUGAUGCUGGUGUUUUGGAAGAAGACUUGCCAAAGGCAGAAGUUGAUCAAAGGAGACGAACACCCGAAACCGAGAUUACUAUGCCUUUGGAGCCAUCAGAAGAAAAACUUCCUAUUGCAUCCACUAAAGAAACUAAAGAAAAAGAAGCUGUGGCUUCAACUAGUGAAAAGCCUACACCAAGAGAUGAAGCUCAAGAAAUUGAGUAUGGAGAUUUGAGAAGAAAAGAAGAAGUUCAGAUUAUUGCUGAACCGGUUGAAGAUUUGUCAAAGCCUGUAAUUGACCAAAGAAGACAGACACCAGAAAUCGAGAUUACGGCACCGUUGGAGCCUGGUAGAUCAGAGGAAGAGCUGCCAAUAGAAGUCCCAAUAGAAGAAAAACCGGUUACUUCUCAAGCUAAAGUUGAAAAAAGCCCCCCGUCAACAGCUACUUCUUCAAAAGAUGGCAUUGAAGAACUAGGAUAUGGUGAUCUGAAGUUAAAAACAGAAGUACCUGGUGAAGAUGAGUUUCAAAAACGGCAAACGCCCGAGAUUGAGAUCACUGAGCCAACAGAAGGGCCAAAUGAAGAAAUGUAUGAGGAACCGACACCAGUUGAACCUGUGGUGAAACGGAGAAAACCUGAAGAAUCGUCACCAGCUAAAAUUGAAGAAUUGGAUAAAACAAGAGCACCUGUUGUUGAAAAUUUCGGCAUAAGCAAAGUACUGGAGUCAGAAAUUGAAGCACAACUUGCUCAAUCGAGCCCAUCACUGGAUAUGGGCGAAGUGCCUGAAGAUCAACAAACUUCAGCCAGAAAAGAUCAGGAAGGCAGUGAAUUACCAUCAAAAGACGGCAUUCAAGAAUUGAUUUAUGGAGAAUUAGGGACAAAUCAGGCUGGACCUUCGAGAAUGGUUCCUGAAAAACCUUCUGAACAAGUGCCCAUCGAAGAGAUCACUGAAAAUGCUCCCUCUCAGGAAGAAAAAGCUCUCCUCGAAUUUCUGUCUCGAAGAGUCUCCGAUCUUGAAAAUUCCCCACUGGAUGAGGUCUCAAUCGAUAAUUUGUACUUAUUAGAGAAUGAAUUGUCGUCUCUUCCAAGUUCACCCGAGUUGGAACAGAUGAAAGCACGUUUGGAGAGAGUCCUCUUGCGAAAACAUGUUGAAGAACAACCGAAAAGUGAUUUCAAGAUCUCUGCUGAGGAGAACUCCUUGAUCUCAUUCUUGAAUCAACAGCUUGGCGAGCUUGAAACAUUGCCGUUGGACCAAGUUUCAACCAAACAGAUUGAAGAGUUGCAAGCCGAGUUAAGGGCUUUGCCUCAAACUCCUAAAAUCUCUGAGUUGAGUUAUCGUAUUGAGGACUUGAAGAGGCAGAAGGAUCAAGAAAAAUCCCAUAGUCAAGAAGAUGAAGAAAAGGUGCUUGUCGAUUUCUUGCAAAGAAGAGUGUCUGAUAUCUCGGAGUCACCCAUUGCGACAAUCACCCUUGAUCAGCUGAUAGCCCUUGACGAACAAGUCAACAUGAUCAAACCGAAUAAAGAAGUUGAAAUUCUUCGACUCAAUAUUCAAAAUCUAAUCGACCGAAAAGAACAAGAAAAAACUCUGACCGAGGAUAUGUUGAAAAGAGAAGAGUUGGAUACUGAAGAUUUAUUGAAGCAAGCCGUGCAGUGGGGAUCGUUGGAUUCGGAACAGAAAAAUCAGAUUGAGAUGGAGCUGAAGAAAUCUGAGCGACUCCCCUCACCAGCUAGACCAGAAAAACCUACGCCACUUGAAGAAUAUGCCGCAUCACAACAUGCAAUCGUUGACCUGCAGAAGAGGCUUGAUGAGAUCAAAAAUGCCGACAAAGAACGCCUCGUCCUGCUGCUCAAUGUGCAACUCGAACAAGCCGAGCAACUGCCACUCGAAAAUGUGUCGGUUGAUGAGUUGAAUGCUCUCGAGAAACAACUUCAAUCCCUCGGACAACCAGAAGAGCCUCAAGUGCAACAACAGCUCGAGAAGAUCGCCGAAUUGAAGGCUCGAAAGGAGAAACACGAUGACGAUGUGGCCAAGUUGCGCGAUUCGCUCGCUCGACUCACACACGACGUUGACGAGGCCGAUGCUCACACUCAUCCCAAGACUCCAGCCGCUCCCAAGAGCAAGAAGGGCAAGAAAGGAGGCAAAGGAGAACAACAGCCAACUGUUGCCGAACCGACAACCGACGAACUGAAACAAGUGGUUGCUCAACUCGAUGGACAAGUGCUUCCAGCUCUCGCUCAACUCAACGAGCAAGCCGCAAAGGUUGAGGGUUUGGAACCCGAGAAAGAGAAUGCCCACAAUUUGACUGUCCGAGCUCAAUCACUGCUUGACGAGGCACAGAAACAACUUGACGCGAAGAUUGCCGCUGAUGAGAAAGCUGCUCGUGUUGAAGCAAAAUUGCUUGAGAUCAAAGUCGUGCCCGAGAGUGUCACCGCUCUUGCACAAGCUCCACAACAAGAAAUCCCACAAGACGAUCAGGAUGAGCUGAAGAGACAAGAAGAUGCCACUGAAGUCGACAUUGGAAAGCUUCAAGAGAAACUCGGUGAAAUCGACGAGCUGCUUGCUCAAGGAGAUCUCACACCCGAGCAACAGAAAGAACUCGAAAAUGCUCGAGCAAACACAGAAAGCUAUCUGGAUAAACUUCGUCGUCUCCGAGAUGCACUUCUCGACAAACUCGCCAAUCUAGCCAAAUAUGGUCGAGACAAAGAAGCUCUUGAUGCUGCAACCGAACCUGUCUCUGAAGCACUGACCACAGUCUUCGACAAGUAUUCCACUCAAGCUCCACAACCAUUUGCCGUCGGCAAAGAAGAUCUUGGAAAAGCCGAUGAUGUGAGAGCUCGUGUUGCUGCUUUGGCCAAUCAACUUGCCGAGACAAAAGCCUGGUUGCACGACAAUCUACCAUCUCGCGAAGCAGAUCUCGAUGCACAAAUCGACGACAUCAACUGGAAGACCGACAACUUGAAUUCACUCAUCAAUGAGUUGGCAAACGAGGUGCAAGCUGGCGACCAAAUAAUCGCCGCUCACAACGACCUUUUCCCAUUGGUUGCUGAAAUCGAGAACAGAGCGGUUGAAGUACGCUCAACAUCACCCGGAGAGGUGGCUGACCCUCAAGUGCUCAACGCAAUCAAAGAACAACUUGCUCAAGUGCUCGCUCGAGUUGAUGAUCUUGAAAGCAAAAUCAACGCGAAACCGUCACGACUCACCGGACAACCAGAGGGAGUGAACCCAGAAGCUCUGCGCAGCCGACUCCGCAACGUCGACAACUUGUUGAACGAAGAGGAGAAGAAUGUGCAAGCCAAGCUCGAGCUUGUGGCUCUUGCUAACGAUGUGGCUGCUCGUUCACAAGAUCUCGAUGAGUUGCUCGCAAAAGCACACGAAGUUCAGGGUCGACCAGAUGCCACCAUCGACGAGUUACGCAAAGCCGCCGAUGAUUUGCAGGGUGGAAAGGCGUUGCUUGAUGCGCUCAACGACGACUACGAAAAGAUCAAGAAAAUCGAUCAAGAUCAAGAGAAGUCACCGGAGGGUGCUCAACUUGCUGCCACCACUCUUGAUCGACUUGAGAAAGCAAACGAAGCUUUGAACAACACUCGAUCCUCAUUGGAAGACCGUGCUGAUGCUCUUGAAGAUCUGCACAGAAGAGCCGACGGAGCCGGAACUAGACUCGCUGAACUCGUUGAUGAGGCGAAUCGUUUGUUGUGCGACGCUGAAGCAAUUCCAACCAAAUUCGACUCGACGGCCGCUGAGAUGAGAGAAGAAAUCUCGGUUGCACGAAACAUCCUUGCCACCGCUCCAACAGCUGCCGACGAACACGCACACUCGCUUUCAAGCACAGUCGAUGCCGCACAGGCUCUUCUGCCAGUGCUCGACGACCGCAACACCUACUGGAACGAGUUUGUGGCAGCACGAGAUGCCGCCGAUCAGCUUCUCGAGGAAGUUCGACGACCACUUGAUGCUCUCACUGCAAAACCACCUUGCUCCCUUGAUGAGGCUCGUGGUGACUUGGAGGAUGCCAAGCGUGCCAAAGAAGAGAACCUCGAACGUCUGAAGGAUGCUGUCCGUGAGAUGCAAAGACUUUCCGAACUGCUCGAUCCGUUGGAGAGUGCCUACGCAGAUGUGCGUUUCCUCGAUGCUGACGUCGAUCAAACAGCAGCACACUACGAUGAUUUGCUAACCGAGCUUCAUGCUGAGAUCGAGGAUGAAGCCGUUUGCGAUGAUUCGGCAAAACAACUCAAUAACGAGCUCUCGAGAUUGCUUGCCGACAUUCCACAAAUCAACGACCCGCAAAGCCUGGCUCUCAUCGAAGAACAACAAAUUCCAGCACUCAACGCUCAAAUGGAUUUGUUGAAGGAAAAGCUCGCAAAAGCAGAAGACACUCGUCGGCACGUCGUUCCAGACACAGCCCGCUAUGUGCAGCCAUUGGAAGAGAAGAUCGCUGAAACCGAGGCUGCUCUUGCGAAAUCCAAGCAAGCUGCUAAAGAUGCCGACAAAGAACGCCUCGUCCUGCUGCUCAAUGUGCAACUCGAACAAGCCGAGCAACUGCCACUCGAAAAUGUGUCGGUUGAUGAGUUGAAUGCUCUCGAGAAACAACUUCAAUCCCUCGGACAACCAGAAGAGCCUCAAGUGCAACAACAGCUCGAGAAGAUCGCCGAAUUGAAGGCUCGAAAGGAGAAACACGAUGACGAUGUGGCCAAGUUGCGCGAUUCGCUCGCUCGACUCACACACGACGUUGACGAGGCCGAUGCUCACACUCAUCCCAAGACUCCAGCCGCUCCCAAGAGCAAGAAGGGCAAGAAAGGAGGCAAAGGAGAACAACAGCCAACUGUUGCCGAACCGACAACCGACGAACUGAAACAAGUGGUUGCUCAACUCGAUGGACAAGUGCUUCCAGCUCUCGCUCAACUCAACGAGCAAGCCGCAAAGGUUGAGGGUUUGGAACCCGAGAAAGAGAAUGCCCACAAUUUGACUGUCCGAGCUCAAUCACUGCUUGACGAGGCACAGAAACAACUUGACGCGAAGAUUGCCGCUGAUGAGAAAGCUGCUCGUGUUGAAGCAAAAUUGCUUGAGAUCAAAGUCGUGCCCGAGAGUGUCACCGCUCUUGCACAAGCUCCACAACAAGAAAUCCCACAAGACGAUCAGGAUGAGCUGAAGAGACAAGAAGAUGCCACUGAAGUCGACAUUGGAAAGCUUCAAGAGAAACUCGGUGAAAUCGACGAGCUGCUUGCUCAAGGAGAUCUCACACCCGAGCAACAGAAAGAACUCGAAAAUGCUCGAGCAAACACAGAAAGCUAUCUGGAUAAACUUCGUCGUCUCCGAGAUGCACUUCUCGACAAACUCGCCAAUCUAGCCAAAUAUGGUCGAGACAAAGAAGCUCUUGAUGCUGCAACCGAACCUGUCUCUGAAGCACUGACCACAGUCUUCGACAAGUAUUCCACUCAAGCUCCACAACCAUUUGCCGUCGGCAAAGAAGAUCUUGGAAAAGCCGAUGAUGUGAGAGCUCGUGUUGCUGCUUUGGCCAAUCAACUUGCCGAGACAAAAGCCUGGUUGCACGACAAUCUACCAUCUCGCGAAGCAGAUCUCGAUGCACAAAUCGACGACAUCAACUGGAAGACCGACAACUUGAAUUCACUCAUCAAUGAGUUGGCAAACGAGGUGCAAGCUGGCGACCAAAUAAUCGCCGCUCACAACGACCUUUUCCCAUUGGUUGCUGAAAUCGAGAACAGAGCGGUUGAAGUACGCUCAACAUCACCCGGAGAGGUGGCUGACCCUCAAGUGCUCAACGCAAUCAAAGAACAACUUGCUCAAGUGCUCGCUCGAGUUGAUGAUCUUGAAAGCAAAAUCAACGCGAAACCGUCACGACUCACCGGACAACCAGAGGGAGUGAACCCAGAAGCUCUGCGCAGCCGACUCCGCAACGUCGACAACUUGUUGAACGAAGAGGAGAAGAAUGUGCAAGCCAAGCUCGAGCUUGUGGCUCUUGCUAACGAUGUGGCUGCUCGUUCACAAGAUCUCGAUGAGUUGCUCGCAAAAGCACACGAAGUUCAGGGUCGACCAGAUGCCACCAUCGACGAGUUACGCAAAGCCGCCGAUGAUUUGCAGGGUGGAAAGGCGUUGCUUGAUGCGCUCAACGACGACUACGAAAAGAUCAAGAAAAUCGAUCAAGAUCAAGAGAAGUCACCGGAGGGUGCUCAACUUGCUGCCACCACUCUUGAUCGACUUGAGAAAGCAAACGAAGCUUUGAACAACACUCGAUCCUCAUUGGAAGACCGUGCUGAUGCUCUUGAAGAUCUGCACAGAAGAGCCGACGGAGCCGGAACUAGACUCGCUGAACUCGUUGAUGAGGCGAAUCGUUUGUUGUGCGACGCUGAAGCAAUUCCAACCAAAUUCGACUCGACGGCCGCUGAGAUGAGAGAAGAAAUCUCGGUUGCACGAAACAUCCUUGCCACCGCUCCAACAGCUGCCGACGAACACGCACACUCGCUUUCAAGCACAGUCGAUGCCGCACAGGCUCUUCUGCCAGUGCUCGACGACCGCAACACCUACUGGAACGAGUUUGUGGCAGCACGAGAUGCCGCCGAUCAGCUUCUCGAGGAAGUUCGACGACCACUUGAUGCUCUCACUGCAAAACCACCUUGCUCCCUUGAUGAGGCUCGUGGUGACUUGGAGGAUGCCAAGCGUGCCAAAGAAGAGAACCUCGAACGUCUGAAGGAUGCUGUCCGUGAGAUGCAAAGACUUUCCGAACUGCUCGAUCCGUUGGAGAGUGCCUACGCAGAUGUGCGUUUCCUCGAUGCUGACGUCGAUCAAACAGCAGCACACUACGAUGAUUUGCUAACCGAGCUUCAUGCUGAGAUCGAGGAUGAAGCCGUUUGCGAUGAUUCGGCAAAACAACUCAAUAACGAGCUCUCGAGAUUGCUUGCCGACAUUCCACAAAUCAACGACCCGCAAAGCCUGGCUCUCAUCGAAGAACAACAAAUUCCAGCACUCAACGCUCAAAUGGAUUUGUUGAAGGAAAAGCUCGCAAAAGCAGAAGACACUCGUCGGCACGUCGUUCCAGACACAGCCCGCUAUGUGCAGCCAUUGGAAGAGAAGAUCGCUGAAACCGAGGCUGCUCUUGCGAAAUCCAAGCAAGCUGCUAAAGAUGCCGACAAAGAACGCCUCGUCCUGCUGCUCAAUGUGCAACUCGAACAAGCCGAGCAACUGCCACUCGAAAAUGUGUCGGUUGAUGAGUUGAAUGCUCUCGAGAAACAACUUCAAUCCCUCGGACAACCAGAAGAGCCUCAAGUGCAACAACAGCUCGAGAAGAUCGCCGAAUUGAAGGCUCGAAAGGAGAAACACGAUGACGAUGUGGCCAAGUUGCGCGAUUCGCUCGCUCGACUCACACACGACGUUGACGAGGCCGAUGCUCACACUCAUCCCAAGACUCCAGCCGCUCCCAAGAGCAAGAAGGGCAAGAAAGGAGGCAAAGGAGAACAACAGCCAACUGUUGCCGAACCGACAACCGACGAACUGAAACAAGUGGUUGCUCAACUCGAUGGACAAGUGCUUCCAGCUCUCGCUCAACUCAACGAGCAAGCCGCAAAGGUUGAGGGUUUGGAACCCGAGAAAGAGAAUGCCCACAAUUUGACUGUCCGAGCUCAAUCACUGCUUGACGAGGCACAGAAACAACUUGACGCGAAGAUUGCCGCUGAUGAGAAAGCUGCUCGUGUUGAAGCAAAAUUGCUUGAGAUCAAAGUCGUGCCCGAGAGUGUCACCGCUCUUGCACAAGCUCCACAACAAGAAAUCCCACAAGACGAUCAGGAUGAGCUGAAGAGACAAGAAGAUGCCACUGAAGUCGACAUUGGAAAGCUUCAAGAGAAACUCGGUGAAAUCGACGAGCUGCUUGCUCAAGGAGAUCUCACACCCGAGCAACAGAAAGAACUCGAAAAUGCUCGAGCAAACACAGAAAGCUAUCUGGAUAAACUUCGUCGUCUCCGAGAUGCACUUCUCGACAAACUCGCCAAUCUAGCCAAAUAUGGUCGAGACAAAGAAGCUCUUGAUGCUGCAACCGAACCUGUCUCUGAAGCACUGACCACAGUCUUCGACAAGUAUUCCACUCAAGCUCCACAACCAUUUGCCGUCGGCAAAGAAGAUCUUGGAAAAGCCGAUGAUGUGAGAGCUCGUGUUGCUGCUUUGGCCAAUCAACUUGCCGAGACAAAAGCCUGGUUGCACGACAAUCUACCAUCUCGCGAAGCAGAUCUCGAUGCACAAAUCGACGACAUCAACUGGAAGACCGACAACUUGAAUUCACUCAUCAAUGAGUUGGCAAACGAGGUGCAAGCUGGCGACCAAAUAAUCGCCGCUCACAACGACCUUUUCCCAUUGGUUGCUGAAAUCGAGAACAGAGCGGUUGAAGUACGCUCAACAUCACCCGGAGAGGUGGCUGACCCUCAAGUGCUCAACGCAAUCAAAGAACAACUUGCUCAAGUGCUCGCUCGAGUUGAUGAUCUUGAAAGCAAAAUCAACGCGAAACCGUCACGACUCACCGGACAACCAGAGGGAGUGAACCCAGAAGCUCUGCGCAGCCGACUCCGCAACGUCGACAACUUGUUGAACGAAGAGGAGAAGAAUGUGCAAGCCAAGCUCGAGCUUGUGGCUCUUGCUAACGAUGUGGCUGCUCGUUCACAAGAUCUCGAUGAGUUGCUCGCAAAAGCACACGAAGUUCAGGGUCGACCAGAUGCCACCAUCGACGAGUUACGCAAAGCCGCCGAUGAUUUGCAGGGUGGAAAGGCGUUGCUUGAUGCGCUCAACGACGACUACGAAAAGAUCAAGAAAAUCGAUCAAGAUCAAGAGAAGUCACCGGAGGGUGCUCAACUUGCUGCCACCACUCUUGAUCGACUUGAGAAAGCAAACGAAGCUUUGAACAACACUCGAUCCUCAUUGGAAGACCGUGCUGAUGCUCUUGAAGAUCUGCACAGAAGAGCCGACGGAGCCGGAACUAGACUCGCUGAACUCGUUGAUGAGGCGAAUCGUUUGUUGUGCGACGCUGAAGCAAUUCCAACCAAAUUCGACUCGACGGCCGCUGAGAUGAGAGAAGAAAUCUCGGUUGCACGAAACAUCCUUGCCACCGCUCCAACAGCUGCCGACGAACACGCACACUCGCUUUCAAGCACAGUCGAUGCCGCACAGGCUCUUCUGCCAGUGCUCGACGACCGCAACACCUACUGGAACGAGUUUGUGGCAGCACGAGAUGCCGCCGAUCAGCUUCUCGAGGAAGUUCGACGACCACUUGAUGCUCUCACUGCAAAACCACCUUGCUCCCUUGAUGAGGCUCGUGGUGACUUGGAGGAUGCCAAGCGUGCCAAAGAAGAGAACCUCGAACGUCUGAAGGAUGCUGUCCGUGAGAUGCAAAGACUUUCCGAACUGCUCGAUCCGUUGGAGAGUGCCUACGCAGAUGUGCGUUUCCUCGAUGCUGACGUCGAUCAAACAGCAGCACACUACGAUGAUUUGCUAACCGAGCUUCAUGCUGAGAUCGAGGAUGAAGCCGUUUGCGAUGAUUCGGCAAAACAACUCAAUAACGAGCUCUCGAGAUUGCUUGCCGACAUUCCACAAAUCAACGACCCGCAAAGCCUGGCUCUCAUCGAAGAACAACAAAUUCCAGCACUCAACGCUCAAAUGGAUUUGUUGAAGGAAAAGCUCGCAAAAGCAGAAGACACUCGUCGGCACGUCGUUCCAGACACAGCCCGCUAUGUGCAGCCAUUGGAAGAGAAGAUCGCUGAAACCGAGGCUGCUCUUGCGAAAUCCAAGCAAGCUGCUAAAGAUGCCGACAAAGAACGCCUCGUCCUGCUGCUCAAUGUGCAACUCGAACAAGCCGAGCAACUGCCACUCGAAAAUGUGUCGGUUGAUGAGUUGAAUGCUCUCGAGAAACAACUUCAAUCCCUCGGACAACCAGAAGAGCCUCAAGUGCAACAACAGCUCGAGAAGAUCGCCGAAUUGAAGGCUCGAAAGGAGAAACACGAUGACGAUGUGGCCAAGUUGCGCGAUUCGCUCGCUCGACUCACACACGACGUUGACGAGGCCGAUGCUCACACUCAUCCCAAGACUCCAGCCGCUCCCAAGAGCAAGAAGGGCAAGAAAGGAGGCAAAGGAGAACAACAGCCAACUGUUGCCGAACCGACAACCGACGAACUGAAACAAGUGGUUGCUCAACUCGAUGGACAAGUGCUUCCAGCUCUCGCUCAACUCAACGAGCAAGCCGCAAAGGUUGAGGGUUUGGAACCCGAGAAAGAGAAUGCCCACAAUUUGACUGUCCGAGCUCAAUCACUGCUUGACGAGGCACAGAAACAACUUGACGCGAAGAUUGCCGCUGAUGAGAAAGCUGCUCGUGUUGAAGCAAAAUUGCUUGAGAUCAAAGUCGUGCCCGAGAGUGUCACCGCUCUUGCACAAGCUCCACAACAAGAAAUCCCACAAGACGAUCAGGAUGAGCUGAAGAGACAAGAAGAUGCCACUGAAGUCGACAUUGGAAAGCUUCAAGAGAAACUCGGUGAAAUCGACGAGCUGCUUGCUCAAGGAGAUCUCACACCCGAGCAACAGAAAGAACUCGAAAAUGCUCGAGCAAACACAGAAAGCUAUCUGGAUAAACUUCGUCGUCUCCGAGAUGCACUUCUCGACAAACUCGCCAAUCUAGCCAAAUAUGGUCGAGACAAAGAAGCUCUUGAUGCUGCAACCGAACCUGUCUCUGAAGCACUGACCACAGUCUUCGACAAGUAUUCCACUCAAGCUCCACAACCAUUUGCCGUCGGCAAAGAAGAUCUUGGAAAAGCCGAUGAUGUGAGAGCUCGUGUUGCUGCUUUGGCCAAUCAACUUGCCGAGACAAAAGCCUGGUUGCACGACAAUCUACCAUCUCGCGAAGCAGAUCUCGAUGCACAAAUCGACGACAUCAACUGGAAGACCGACAACUUGAAUUCACUCAUCAAUGAGUUGGCAAACGAGGUGCAAGCUGGCGACCAAAUAAUCGCCGCUCACAACGACCUUUUCCCAUUGGUUGCUGAAAUCGAGAACAGAGCGGUUGAAGUACGCUCAACAUCACCCGGAGAGGUGGCUGACCCUCAAGUGCUCAACGCAAUCAAAGAACAACUUGCUCAAGUGCUCGCUCGAGUUGAUGAUCUUGAAAGCAAAAUCAACGCGAAACCGUCACGACUCACCGGACAACCAGAGGGAGUGAACCCAGAAGCUCUGCGCAGCCGACUCCGCAACGUCGACAACUUGUUGAACGAAGAGGAGAAGAAUGUGCAAGCCAAGCUCGAGCUUGUGGCUCUUGCUAACGAUGUGGCUGCUCGUUCACAAGAUCUCGAUGAGUUGCUCGCAAAAGCACACGAAGUUCAGGGUCGACCAGAUGCCACCAUCGACGAGUUACGCAAAGCCGCCGAUGAUUUGCAGGGUGGAAAGGCGUUGCUUGAUGCGCUCAACGACGACUACGAAAAGAUCAAGAAAAUCGAUCAAGAUCAAGAGAAGUCACCGGAGGGUGCUCAACUUGCUGCCACCACUCUUGAUCGACUUGAGAAAGCAAACGAAGCUUUGAACAACACUCGAUCCUCAUUGGAAGACCGUGCUGAUGCUCUUGAAGAUCUGCACAGAAGAGCCGACGGAGCCGGAACUAGACUCGCUGAACUCGUUGAUGAGGCGAAUCGUUUGUUGUGCGACGCUGAAGCAAUUCCAACCAAAUUCGACUCGACGGCCGCUGAGAUGAGAGAAGAAAUCUCGGUUGCACGAAACAUCCUUGCCACCGCUCCAACAGCUGCCGACGAACACGCACACUCGCUUUCAAGCACAGUCGAUGCCGCACAGGCUCUUCUGCCAGUGCUCGACGACCGCAACACCUACUGGAACGAGUUUGUGGCAGCACGAGAUGCCGCCGAUCAGCUUCUCGAGGAAGUUCGACGACCACUUGAUGCUCUCACUGCAAAACCACCUUGCUCCCUUGAUGAGGCUCGUGGUGACUUGGAGGAUGCCAAGCGUGCCAAAGAAGAGAACCUCGAACGUCUGAAGGAUGCUGUCCGUGAGAUGCAAAGACUUUCCGAACUGCUCGAUCCGUUGGAGAGUGCCUACGCAGAUGUGCGUUUCCUCGAUGCUGACGUCGAUCAAACAGCAGCACACUACGAUGAUUUGCUAACCGAGCUUCAUGCUGAGAUCGAGGAUGAAGCCGUUUGCGAUGAUUCGGCAAAACAACUCAAUAACGAGCUCUCGAGAUUGCUUGCCGACAUUCCACAAAUCAACGACCCGCAAAGCCUGGCUCUCAUCGAAGAACAACAAAUUCCAGCACUCAACGCUCAAAUGGAUUUGUUGAAGGAAAAGCUCGCAAAAGCAGAAGACACUCGUCGGCACGUCGUUCCAGACACAGCCCGCUAUGUGCAGCCAUUGGAAGAGAAGAUCGCUGAAACCGAGGCUGCUCUUGCGAAAUCCAAGCAAGCUGCUAAAGAUGCCGACAAAGAACGCCUCGUCCUGCUGCUCAAUGUGCAACUCGAACAAGCCGAGCAACUGCCACUCGAAAAUGUGUCGGUUGAUGAGUUGAAUGCUCUCGAGAAACAACUUCAAUCCCUCGGACAACCAGAAGAGCCUCAAGUGCAACAACAGCUCGAGAAGAUCGCCGAAUUGAAGGCUCGAAAGGAGAAACACGAUGACGAUGUGGCCAAGUUGCGCGAUUCGCUCGCUCGACUCACACACGACGUUGACGAGGCCGAUGCUCACACUCAUCCCAAGACUCCAGCCGCUCCCAAGAGCAAGAAGGGCAAGAAAGGAGGCAAAGGAGAACAACAGCCAACUGUUGCCGAACCGACAACCGACGAACUGAAACAAGUGGUUGCUCAACUCGAUGGACAAGUGCUUCCAGCUCUCGCUCAACUCAACGAGCAAGCCGCAAAGGUUGAGGGUUUGGAACCCGAGAAAGAGAAUGCCCACAAUUUGACUGUCCGAGCUCAAUCACUGCUUGACGAGGCACAGAAACAACUUGACGCGAAGAUUGCCGCUGAUGAGAAAGCUGCUCGUGUUGAAGCAAAAUUGCUUGAGAUCAAAGUCGUGCCCGAGAGUGUCACCGCUCUUGCACAAGCUCCACAACAAGAAAUCCCACAAGACGAUCAGGAUGAGCUGAAGAGACAAGAAGAUGCCACUGAAGUCGACAUUGGAAAGCUUCAAGAGAAACUCGGUGAAAUCGACGAGCUGCUUGCUCAAGGAGAUCUCACACCCGAGCAACAGAAAGAACUCGAAAAUGCUCGAGCAAACACAGAAAGCUAUCUGGAUAAACUUCGUCGUCUCCGAGAUGCACUUCUCGACAAACUCGCCAAUCUAGCCAAAUAUGGUCGAGACAAAGAAGCUCUUGAUGCUGCAACCGAACCUGUCUCUGAAGCACUGACCACAGUCUUCGACAAGUAUUCCACUCAAGCUCCACAACCAUUUGCCGUCGGCAAAGAAGAUCUUGGAAAAGCCGAUGAUGUGAGAGCUCGUGUUGCUGCUUUGGCCAAUCAACUUGCCGAGACAAAAGCCUGGUUGCACGACAAUCUACCAUCUCGCGAAGCAGAUCUCGAUGCACAAAUCGACGACAUCAACUGGAAGACCGACAACUUGAAUUCACUCAUCAAUGAGUUGGCAAACGAGGUGCAAGCUGGCGACCAAAUAAUCGCCGCUCACAACGACCUUUUCCCAUUGGUUGCUGAAAUCGAGAACAGAGCGGUUGAAGUACGCUCAACAUCACCCGGAGAGGUGGCUGACCCUCAAGUGCUCAACGCAAUCAAAGAACAACUUGCUCAAGUGCUCGCUCGAGUUGAUGAUCUUGAAAGCAAAAUCAACGCGAAACCGUCACGACUCACCGGACAACCAGAGGGAGUGAACCCAGAAGCUCUGCGCAGCCGACUCCGCAACGUCGACAACUUGUUGAACGAAGAGGAGAAGAAUGUGCAAGCCAAGCUCGAGCUUGUGGCUCUUGCUAACGAUGUGGCUGCUCGUUCACAAGAUCUCGAUGAGUUGCUCGCAAAAGCACACGAAGUUCAGGGUCGACCAGAUGCCACCAUCGACGAGUUACGCAAAGCCGCCGAUGAUUUGCAGGGUGGAAAGGCGUUGCUUGAUGCGCUCAACGACGACUACGAAAAGAUCAAGAAAAUCGAUCAAGAUCAAGAGAAGUCACCGGAGGGUGCUCAACUUGCUGCCACCACUCUUGAUCGACUUGAGAAAGCAAACGAAGCUUUGAACAACACUCGAUCCUCAUUGGAAGACCGUGCUGAUGCUCUUGAAGAUCUGCACAGAAGAGCCGACGGAGCCGGAACUAGACUCGCUGAACUCGUUGAUGAGGCGAAUCGUUUGUUGUGCGACGCUGAAGCAAUUCCAACCAAAUUCGACUCGACGGCCGCUGAGAUGAGAGAAGAAAUCUCGGUUGCACGAAACAUCCUUGCCACCGCUCCAACAGCUGCCGACGAACACGCACACUCGCUUUCAAGCACAGUCGAUGCCGCACAGGCUCUUCUGCCAGUGCUCGACGACCGCAACACCUACUGGAACGAGUUUGUGGCAGCACGAGAUGCCGCCGAUCAGCUUCUCGAGGAAGUUCGACGACCACUUGAUGCUCUCACUGCAAAACCACCUUGCUCCCUUGAUGAGGCUCGUGGUGACUUGGAGGAUGCCAAGCGUGCCAAAGAAGAGAACCUCGAACGUCUGAAGGAUGCUGUCCGUGAGAUGCAAAGACUUUCCGAACUGCUCGAUCCGUUGGAGAGUGCCUACGCAGAUGUGCGUUUCCUCGAUGCUGACGUCGAUCAAACAGCAGCACACUACGAUGAUUUGCUAACCGAGCUUCAUGCUGAGAUCGAGGAUGAAGCCGUUUGCGAUGAUUCGGCAAAACAACUCAAUAACGAGCUCUCGAGAUUGCUUGCCGACAUUCCACAAAUCAACGACCCGCAAAGCCUGGCUCUCAUCGAAGAACAACAAAUUCCAGCACUCAACGCUCAAAUGGAUUUGUUGAAGGAAAAGCUCGCAAAAGCAGAAGACACUCGUCGGCACGUCGUUCCAGACACAGCCCGCUAUGUGCAGCCAUUGGAAGAGAAGAUCGCUGAAACCGAGGCUGCUCUUGCGAAAUCCAAGCAAGCUGCUAAAGAUGCCGACAAAGAACGCCUCGUCCUGCUGCUCAAUGUGCAACUCGAACAAGCCGAGCAACUGCCACUCGAAAAUGUGUCGGUUGAUGAGUUGAAUGCUCUCGAGAAACAACUUCAAUCCCUCGGACAACCAGAAGAGCCUCAAGUGCAACAACAGCUCGAGAAGAUCGCCGAAUUGAAGGCUCGAAAGGAGAAACACGAUGACGAUGUGGCCAAGUUGCGCGAUUCGCUCGCUCGACUCACACACGACGUUGACGAGGCCGAUGCUCACACUCAUCCCAAGACUCCAGCCGCUCCCAAGAGCAAGAAGGGCAAGAAAGGAGGCAAAGGAGAACAACAGCCAACUGUUGCCGAACCGACAACCGACGAACUGAAACAAGUGGUUGCUCAACUCGAUGGACAAGUGCUUCCAGCUCUCGCUCAACUCAACGAGCAAGCCGCAAAGGUUGAGGGUUUGGAACCCGAGAAAGAGAAUGCCCACAAUUUGACUGUCCGAGCUCAAUCACUGCUUGACGAGGCACAGAAACAACUUGACGCGAAGAUUGCCGCUGAUGAGAAAGCUGCUCGUGUUGAAGCAAAAUUGCUUGAGAUCAAAGUCGUGCCCGAGAGUGUCACCGCUCUUGCACAAGCUCCACAACAAGAAAUCCCACAAGACGAUCAGGAUGAGCUGAAGAGACAAGAAGAUGCCACUGAAGUCGACAUUGGAAAGCUUCAAGAGAAACUCGGUGAAAUCGACGAGCUGCUUGCUCAAGGAGAUCUCACACCCGAGCAACAGAAAGAACUCGAAAAUGCUCGAGCAAACACAGAAAGCUAUCUGGAUAAACUUCGUCGUCUCCGAGAUGCACUUCUCGACAAACUCGCCAAUCUAGCCAAAUAUGGUCGAGACAAAGAAGCUCUUGAUGCUGCAACCGAACCUGUCUCUGAAGCACUGACCACAGUCUUCGACAAGUAUUCCACUCAAGCUCCACAACCAUUUGCCGUCGGCAAAGAAGAUCUUGGAAAAGCCGAUGAUGUGAGAGCUCGUGUUGCUGCUUUGGCCAAUCAACUUGCCGAGACAAAAGCCUGGUUGCACGACAAUCUACCAUCUCGCGAAGCAGAUCUCGAUGCACAAAUCGACGACAUCAACUGGAAGACCGACAACUUGAAUUCACUCAUCAAUGAGUUGGCAAACGAGGUGCAAGCUGGCGACCAAAUAAUCGCCGCUCACAACGACCUUUUCCCAUUGGUUGCUGAAAUCGAGAACAGAGCGGUUGAAGUACGCUCAACAUCACCCGGAGAGGUGGCUGACCCUCAAGUGCUCAACGCAAUCAAAGAACAACUUGCUCAAGUGCUCGCUCGAGUUGAUGAUCUUGAAAGCAAAAUCAACGCGAAACCGUCACGACUCACCGGACAACCAGAGGGAGUGAACCCAGAAGCUCUGCGCAGCCGACUCCGCAACGUCGACAACUUGUUGAACGAAGAGGAGAAGAAUGUGCAAGCCAAGCUCGAGCUUGUGGCUCUUGCUAACGAUGGUCGACCAGAUGCCACCAUCGACGAGUUACGCAAAGCCGCCGAUGAUUUGCAGGGUGGAAAGGCGUUGCUUGAUGCGCUCAACGACGACUACGAAAAGAUCAAGAAAAUCGAUCAAGAUCAAGAGAAGUCACCGGAGGGUGCUCAACUUGCUGCCACCACUCUUGAUCGACUUGAGAAAGCAAACGAAGCUUUGAACAACACUCGAUCCUCAUUGGAAGACCGUGCUGAUGCUCUUGAAGAUCUGCACAGAAGAGCCGACGGAGCCGGAACUAGACUCGCUGAACUCGUUGAUGAGGCGAAUCGUUUGUUGUGCGACGCUGAAGCAAUUCCAACCAAAUUCGACUCGACGGCCGCUGAGAUGAGAGAAGAAAUCUCGGUUGCACGAAACAUCCUUGCCACCGCUCCAACAGCUGCCGACGAACACGCACACUCGCUUUCAAGCACAGUCGAUGCCGCACAGGCUCUUCUGCCAGUGCUCGACGACCGCAACACCUACUGGAACGAGUUUGUGGCAGCACGAGAUGCCGCCGAUCAGCUUCUCGAGGAAGUUCGACGACCACUUGAUGCUCUCACUGCAAAACCACCUUGCUCCCUUGAUGAGGCUCGUGGUGACUUGGAGGAUGCCAAGCGUGCCAAAGAAGAGAACCUCGAACGUCUGAAGGAUGCUGUCCGUGAGAUGCAAAGACUUUCCGAACUGCUCGAUCCGUUGGAGAGUGCCUACGCAGAUGUGCGUUUCCUCGAUGCUGACGUCGAUCAAACAGCAGCACACUACGAUGAUUUGCUAACCGAGCUUCAUGCUGAGAUCGAGGAUGAAGCCGUUUGCGAUGAUUCGGCAAAACAACUCAAUAACGAGCUCUCGAGAUUGCUUGCCGACAUUCCACAAAUCAACGACCCGCAAAGCCUGGCUCUCAUCGAAGAACAACAAAUUCCAGCACUCAACGCUCAAAUGGAUUUGUUGAAGGAAAAGCUCGCAAAAGCAGAAGACACUCGUCGGCACGUCGUUCCAGACACAGCCCGCUAUGUGCAGCCAUUGGAAGAGAAGAUCGCUGAAACCGAGGCUGCUCUUGCGAAAUCCAAGCAAGCUGCUAAAGAUGCCGACAAAGAACGCCUCGUCCUGCUGCUCAAUGUGCAACUCGAACAAGCCGAGCAACUGCCACUCGAAAAUGUGUCGGUUGAUGAGUUGAAUGCUCUCGAGAAACAACUUCAAUCCCUCGGACAACCAGAAGAGCCUCAAGUGCAACAACAGCUCGAGAAGAUCGCCGAAUUGAAGGCUCGAAAGGAGAAACACGAUGACGAUGUGGCCAAGUUGCGCGAUUCGCUCGCUCGACUCACACACGACGUUGACGAGGCCGAUGCUCACACUCAUCCCAAGACUCCAGCCGCUCCCAAGAGCAAGAAGGGCAAGAAAGGAGGCAAAGGAGAACAACAGCCAACUGUUGCCGAACCGACAACCGACGAACUGAAACAAGUGGUUGCUCAACUCGAUGGACAAGUGCUUCCAGCUCUCGCUCAACUCAACGAGCAAGCCGCAAAGGUUGAGGGUUUGGAACCCGAGAAAGAGAAUGCCCACAAUUUGACUGUCCGAGCUCAAUCACUGCUUGACGAGGCACAGAAACAACUUGACGCGAAGAUUGCCGCUGAUGAGAAAGCUGCUCGUGUUGAAGCAAAAUUGCUUGAGAUCAAAGUCGUGCCCGAGAGUGUCACCGCUCUUGCACAAGCUCCACAACAAGAAAUCCCACAAGACGAUCAGGAUGAGCUGAAGAGACAAGAAGAUGCCACUGAAGUCGACAUUGGAAAGCUUCAAGAGAAACUCGGUGAAAUCGACGAGCUGCUUGCUCAAGGAGAUCUCACACCCGAGCAACAGAAAGAACUCGAAAAUGCUCGAGCAAACACAGAAAGCUAUCUGGAUAAACUUCGUCGUCUCCGAGAUGCACUUCUCGACAAACUCGCCAAUCUAGCCAAAUAUGGUCGAGACAAAGAAGCUCUUGAUGCUGCAACCGAACCUGUCUCUGAAGCACUGACCACAGUCUUCGACAAGUAUUCCACUCAAGCUCCACAACCAUUUGCCGUCGGCAAAGAAGAUCUUGGAAAAGCCGAUGAUGUGAGAGCUCGUGUUGCUGCUUUGGCCAAUCAACUUGCCGAGACAAAAGCCUGGUUGCACGACAAUCUACCAUCUCGCGAAGCAGAUCUCGAUGCACAAAUCGACGACAUCAACUGGAAGACCGACAACUUGAAUUCACUCAUCAAUGAGUUGGCAAACGAGGUGCAAGCUGGCGACCAAAUAAUCGCCGCUCACAACGACCUUUUCCCAUUGGUUGCUGAAAUCGAGAACAGAGCGGUUGAAGUACGCUCAACAUCACCCGGAGAGGUGGCUGACCCUCAAGUGCUCAACGCAAUCAAAGAACAACUUGCUCAAGUGCUCGCUCGAGUUGAUGAUCUUGAAAGCAAAAUCAACGCGAAACCGUCACGACUCACCGGACAACCAGAGGGAGUGAACCCAGAAGCUCUGCGCAGCCGACUCCGCAACGUCGACAACUUGUUGAACGAAGAGGAGAAGAAUGUGCAAGCCAAGCUCGAGCUUGUGGCUCUUGCUAACGAUGUGGCUGCUCGUUCACAAGAUCUCGAUGAGUUGCUCGCAAAAGCACACGAAGUUCAGGGUCGACCAGAUGCCACCAUCGACGAGUUACGCAAAGCCGCCGAUGAUUUGCAGGGUGGAAAGGCGUUGCUUGAUGCGCUCAACGACGACUACGAAAAGAUCAAGAAAAUCGAUCAAGAUCAAGAGAAGUCACCGGAGGGUGCUCAACUUGCUGCCACCACUCUUGAUCGACUUGAGAAAGCAAACGAAGCUUUGAACAACACUCGAUCCUCAUUGGAAGACCGUGCUGAUGCUCUUGAAGAUCUGCACAGAAGAGCCGACGGAGCCGGAACUAGACUCGCUGAACUCGUUGAUGAGGCGAAUCGUUUGUUGUGCGACGCUGAAGCAAUUCCAACCAAAUUCGACUCGACGGCCGCUGAGAUGAGAGAAGAAAUCUCGGUUGCACGAAACAUCCUUGCCACCGCUCCAACAGCUGCCGACGAACACGCACACUCGCUUUCAAGCACAGUCGAUGCCGCACAGGCUCUUCUGCCAGUGCUCGACGACCGCAACACCUACUGGAACGAGUUUGUGGCAGCACGAGAUGCCGCCGAUCAGCUUCUCGAGGAAGUUCGACGACCACUUGAUGCUCUCACUGCAAAACCACCUUGCUCCCUUGAUGAGGCUCGUGGUGACUUGGAGGAUGCCAAGCGUGCCAAAGAAGAGAACCUCGAACGUCUGAAGGAUGCUGUCCGUGAGAUGCAAAGACUUUCCGAACUGCUCGAUCCGUUGGAGAGUGCCUACGCAGAUGUGCGUUUCCUCGAUGCUGACGUCGAUCAAACAGCAGCACACUACGAUGAUUUGCUAACCGAGCUUCAUGCUGAGAUCGAGGAUGAAGCCGUUUGCGAUGAUUCGGCAAAACAACUCAAUAACGAGCUCUCGAGAUUGCUUGCCGACAUUCCACAAAUCAACGACCCGCAAAGCCUGGCUCUCAUCGAAGAACAACAAAUUCCAGCACUCAACGCUCAAAUGGAUUUGUUGAAGGAAAAGCUCGCAAAAGCAGAAGACACUCGUCGGCACGUCGUUCCAGACACAGCCCGCUAUGUGCAGCCAUUGGAAGAGAAGAUCGCUGAAACCGAGGCUGCUCUUGCGAAAUCCAAGCAAGCUGCUAAAGAUGCCGACAAAGAACGCCUCGUCCUGCUGCUCAAUGUGCAACUCGAACAAGCCGAGCAACUGCCACUCGAAAAUGUGUCGGUUGAUGAGUUGAAUGCUCUCGAGAAACAACUUCAAUCCCUCGGACAACCAGAAGAGCCUCAAGUGCAACAACAGCUCGAGAAGAUCGCCGAAUUGAAGGCUCGAAAGGAGAAACACGAUGACGAUGUGGCCAAGUUGCGCGAUUCGCUCGCUCGACUCACACACGACGUUGACGAGGCCGAUGCUCACACUCAUCCCAAGACUCCAGCCGCUCCCAAGAGCAAGAAGGGCAAGAAAGGAGGCAAAGGAGAACAACAGCCAACUGUUGCCGAACCGACAACCGACGAACUGAAACAAGUGGUUGCUCAACUCGAUGGACAAGUGCUUCCAGCUCUCGCUCAACUCAACGAGCAAGCCGCAAAGGUUGAGGGUUUGGAACCCGAGAAAGAGAAUGCCCACAAUUUGACUGUCCGAGCUCAAUCACUGCUUGACGAGGCACAGAAACAACUUGACGCGAAGAUUGCCGCUGAUGAGAAAGCUGCUCGUGUUGAAGCAAAAUUGCUUGAGAUCAAAGUCGUGCCCGAGAGUGUCACCGCUCUUGCACAAGCUCCACAACAAGAAAUCCCACAAGACGAUCAGGAUGAGCUGAAGAGACAAGAAGAUGCCACUGAAGUCGACAUUGGAAAGCUUCAAGAGAAACUCGGUGAAAUCGACGAGCUGCUUGCUCAAGGAGAUCUCACACCCGAGCAACAGAAAGAACUCGAAAAUGCUCGAGCAAACACAGAAAGCUAUCUGGAUAAACUUCGUCGUCUCCGAGAUGCACUUCUCGACAAACUCGCCAAUCUAGCCAAAUAUGGUCGAGACAAAGAAGCUCUUGAUGCUGCAACCGAACCUGUCUCUGAAGCACUGACCACAGUCUUCGACAAGUAUUCCACUCAAGCUCCACAACCAUUUGCCGUCGGCAAAGAAGAUCUUGGAAAAGCCGAUGAUGUGAGAGCUCGUGUUGCUGCUUUGGCCAAUCAACUUGCCGAGACAAAAGCCUGGUUGCACGACAAUCUACCAUCUCGCGAAGCAGAUCUCGAUGCACAAAUCGACGACAUCAACUGGAAGACCGACAACUUGAAUUCACUCAUCAAUGAGUUGGCAAACGAGGUGCAAGCUGGCGACCAAAUAAUCGCCGCUCACAACGACCUUUUCCCAUUGGUUGCUGAAAUCGAGAACAGAGCGGUUGAAGUACGCUCAACAUCACCCGGAGAGGUGGCUGACCCUCAAGUGCUCAACGCAAUCAAAGAACAACUUGCUCAAGUGCUCGCUCGAGUUGAUGAUCUUGAAAGCAAAAUCAACGCGAAACCGUCACGACUCACCGGACAACCAGAGGGAGUGAACCCAGAAGCUCUGCGCAGCCGACUCCGCAACGUCGACAACUUGUUGAACGAAGAGGAGAAGAAUGUGCAAGCCAAGCUCGAGCUUGUGGCUCUUGCUAACGAUGUGGCUGCUCGUUCACAAGAUCUCGAUGAGUUGCUCGCAAAAGCACACGAAGUUCAGGGUCGACCAGAUGCCACCAUCGACGAGUUACGCAAAGCCGCCGAUGAUUUGCAGGGUGGAAAGGCGUUGCUUGAUGCGCUCAACGACGACUACGAAAAGAUCAAGAAAAUCGAUCAAGAUCAAGAGAAGUCACCGGAGGGUGCUCAACUUGCUGCCACCACUCUUGAUCGACUUGAGAAAGCAAACGAAGCUUUGAACAACACUCGAUCCUCAUUGGAAGACCGUGCUGAUGCUCUUGAAGAUCUGCACAGAAGAGCCGACGGAGCCGGAACUAGACUCGCUGAACUCGUUGAUGAGGCGAAUCGUUUGUUGUGCGACGCUGAAGCAAUUCCAACCAAAUUCGACUCGACGGCCGCUGAGAUGAGAGAAGAAAUCUCGGUUGCACGAAACAUCCUUGCCACCGCUCCAACAGCUGCCGACGAACACGCACACUCGCUUUCAAGCACAGUCGAUGCCGCACAGGCUCUUCUGCCAGUGCUCGACGACCGCAACACCUACUGGAACGAGUUUGUGGCAGCACGAGAUGCCGCCGAUCAGCUUCUCGAGGAAGUUCGACGACCACUUGAUGCUCUCACUGCAAAACCACCUUGCUCCCUUGAUGAGGCUCGUGGUGACUUGGAGGAUGCCAAGCGUGCCAAAGAAGAGAACCUCGAACGUCUGAAGGAUGCUGUCCGUGAGAUGCAAAGACUUUCCGAACUGCUCGAUCCGUUGGAGAGUGCCUACGCAGAUGUGCGUUUCCUCGAUGCUGACGUCGAUCAAACAGCAGCACACUACGAUGAUUUGCUAACCGAGCUUCAUGCUGAGAUCGAGGAUGAAGCCGUUUGCGAUGAUUCGGCAAAACAACUCAAUAACGAGCUCUCGAGAUUGCUUGCCGACAUUCCACAAAUCAACGACCCGCAAAGCCUGGCUCUCAUCGAAGAACAACAAAUUCCAGCACUCAACGCUCAAAUGGAUUUGUUGAAGGAAAAGCUCGCAAAAGCAGAAGACACUCGUCGGCACGUCGUUCCAGACACAGCCCGCUAUGUGCAGCCAUUGGAAGAGAAGAUCGCUGAAACCGAGGCUGCUCUUGCGAAAUCCAAGCAAGCUGCUAAAGAUGCCGACAAAGAACGCCUCGUCCUGCUGCUCAAUGUGCAACUCGAACAAGCCGAGCAACUGCCACUCGAAAAUGUGUCGGUUGAUGAGUUGAAUGCUCUCGAGAAACAACUUCAAUCCCUCGGACAACCAGAAGAGCCUCAAGUGCAACAACAGCUCGAGAAGAUCGCCGAAUUGAAGGCUCGAAAGGAGAAACACGAUGACGAUGUGGCCAAGUUGCGCGAUUCGCUCGCUCGACUCACACACGACGUUGACGAGGCCGAUGCUCACACUCAUCCCAAGACUCCAGCCGCUCCCAAGAGCAAGAAGGGCAAGAAAGGAGGCAAAGGAGAACAACAGCCAACUGUUGCCGAACCGACAACCGACGAACUGAAACAAGUGGUUGCUCAACUCGAUGGACAAGUGCUUCCAGCUCUCGCUCAACUCAACGAGCAAGCCGCAAAGGUUGAGGGUUUGGAACCCGAGAAAGAGAAUGCCCACAAUUUGACUGUCCGAGCUCAAUCACUGCUUGACGAGGCACAGAAACAACUUGACGCGAAGAUUGCCGCUGAUGAGAAAGCUGCUCGUGUUGAAGCAAAAUUGCUUGAGAUCAAAGUCGUGCCCGAGAGUGUCACCGCUCUUGCACAAGCUCCACAACAAGAAAUCCCACAAGACGAUCAGGAUGAGCUGAAGAGACAAGAAGAUGCCACUGAAGUCGACAUUGGAAAGCUUCAAGAGAAACUCGGUGAAAUCGACGAGCUGCUUGCUCAAGGAGAUCUCACACCCGAGCAACAGAAAGAACUCGAAAAUGCUCGAGCAAACACAGAAAGCUAUCUGGAUAAACUUCGUCGUCUCCGAGAUGCACUUCUCGACAAACUCGCCAAUCUAGCCAAAUAUGGUCGAGACAAAGAAGCUCUUGAUGCUGCAACCGAACCUGUCUCUGAAGCACUGACCACAGUCUUCGACAAGUAUUCCACUCAAGCUCCACAACCAUUUGCCGUCGGCAAAGAAGAUCUUGGAAAAGCCGAUGAUGUGAGAGCUCGUGUUGCUGCUUUGGCCAAUCAACUUGCCGAGACAAAAGCCUGGUUGCACGACAAUCUACCAUCUCGCGAAGCAGAUCUCGAUGCACAAAUCGACGACAUCAACUGGAAGACCGACAACUUGAAUUCACUCAUCAAUGAGUUGGCAAACGAGGUGCAAGCUGGCGACCAAAUAAUCGCCGCUCACAACGACCUUUUCCCAUUGGUUGCUGAAAUCGAGAACAGAGCGGUUGAAGUACGCUCAACAUCACCCGGAGAGGUGGCUGACCCUCAAGUGCUCAACGCAAUCAAAGAACAACUUGCUCAAGUGCUCGCUCGAGUUGAUGAUCUUGAAAGCAAAAUCAACGCGAAACCGUCACGACUCACCGGACAACCAGAGGGAGUGAACCCAGAAGCUCUGCGCAGCCGACUCCGCAACGUCGACAACUUGUUGAACGAAGAGGAGAAGAAUGUGCAAGCCAAGCUCGAGCUUGUGGCUCUUGCUAACGAUGUGGCUGCUCGUUCACAAGAUCUCGAUGAGUUGCUCGCAAAAGCACACGAAGUUCAGGGUCGACCAGAUGCCACCAUCGACGAGUUACGCAAAGCCGCCGAUGAUUUGCAGGGUGGAAAGGCGUUGCUUGAUGCGCUCAACGACGACUACGAAAAGAUCAAGAAAAUCGAUCAAGAUCAAGAGAAGUCACCGGAGGGUGCUCAACUUGCUGCCACCACUCUUGAUCGACUUGAGAAAGCAAACGAAGCUUUGAACAACACUCGAUCCUCAUUGGAAGACCGUGCUGAUGCUCUUGAAGAUCUGCACAGAAGAGCCGACGGAGCCGGAACUAGACUCGCUGAACUCGUUGAUGAGGCGAAUCGUUUGUUGUGCGACGCUGAAGCAAUUCCAACCAAAUUCGACUCGACGGCCGCUGAGAUGAGAGAAGAAAUCUCGGUUGCACGAAACAUCCUUGCCACCGCUCCAACAGCUGCCGACGAACACGCACACUCGCUUUCAAGCACAGUCGAUGCCGCACAGGCUCUUCUGCCAGUGCUCGACGACCGCAACACCUACUGGAACGAGUUUGUGGCAGCACGAGAUGCCGCCGAUCAGCUUCUCGAGGAAGUUCGACGACCACUUGAUGCUCUCACUGCAAAACCACCUUGCUCCCUUGAUGAGGCUCGUGGUGACUUGGAGGAUGCCAAGCGUGCCAAAGAAGAGAACCUCGAACGUCUGAAGGAUGCUGUCCGUGAGAUGCAAAGACUUUCCGAACUGCUCGAUCCGUUGGAGAGUGCCUACGCAGAUGUGCGUUUCCUCGAUGCUGACGUCGAUCAAACAGCAGCACACUACGAUGAUUUGCUAACCGAGCUUCAUGCUGAGAUCGAGGAUGAAGCCGUUUGCGAUGAUUCGGCAAAACAACUCAAUAACGAGCUCUCGAGAUUGCUUGCCGACAUUCCACAAAUCAACGACCCGCAAAGCCUGGCUCUCAUCGAAGAACAACAAAUUCCAGCACUCAACGCUCAAAUGGAUUUGUUGAAGGAAAAGCUCGCAAAAGCAGAAGACACUCGUCGGCACGUCGUUCCAGACACAGCCCGCUAUGUGCAGCCAUUGGAAGAGAAGAUCGCUGAAACCGAGGCUGCUCUUGCGAAAUCCAAGCAAGCUGCUAAAGAUGCCGACAAAGAACGCCUCGUCCUGCUGCUCAAUGUGCAACUCGAACAAGCCGAGCAACUGCCACUCGAAAAUGUGUCGGUUGAUGAGUUGAAUGCUCUCGAGAAACAACUUCAAUCCCUCGGACAACCAGAAGAGCCUCAAGUGCAACAACAGCUCGAGAAGAUCGCCGAAUUGAAGGCUCGAAAGGAGAAACACGAUGACGAUGUGGCCAAGUUGCGCGAUUCGCUCGCUCGACUCACACACGACGUUGACGAGGCCGAUGCUCACACUCAUCCCAAGACUCCAGCCGCUCCCAAGAGCAAGAAGGGCAAGAAAGGAGGCAAAGGAGAACAACAGCCAACUGUUGCCGAACCGACAACCGACGAACUGAAACAAGUGGUUGCUCAACUCGAUGGACAAGUGCUUCCAGCUCUCGCUCAACUCAACGAGCAAGCCGCAAAGGUUGAGGGUUUGGAACCCGAGAAAGAGAAUGCCCACAAUUUGACUGUCCGAGCUCAAUCACUGCUUGACGAGGCACAGAAACAACUUGACGCGAAGAUUGCCGCUGAUGAGAAAGCUGCUCGUGUUGAAGCAAAAUUGCUUGAGAUCAAAGUCGUGCCCGAGAGUGUCACCGCUCUUGCACAAGCUCCACAACAAGAAAUCCCACAAGACGAUCAGGAUGAGCUGAAGAGACAAGAAGAUGCCACUGAAGUCGACAUUGGAAAGCUUCAAGAGAAACUCGGUGAAAUCGACGAGCUGCUUGCUCAAGGAGAUCUCACACCCGAGCAACAGAAAGAACUCGAAAAUGCUCGAGCAAACACAGAAAGCUAUCUGGAUAAACUUCGUCGUCUCCGAGAUGCACUUCUCGACAAACUCGCCAAUCUAGCCAAAUAUGGUCGAGACAAAGAAGCUCUUGAUGCUGCAACCGAACCUGUCUCUGAAGCACUGACCACAGUCUUCGACAAGUAUUCCACUCAAGCUCCACAACCAUUUGCCGUCGGCAAAGAAGAUCUUGGAAAAGCCGAUGAUGUGAGAGCUCGUGUUGCUGCUUUGGCCAAUCAACUUGCCGAGACAAAAGCCUGGUUGCACGACAAUCUACCAUCUCGCGAAGCAGAUCUCGAUGCACAAAUCGACGACAUCAACUGGAAGACCGACAACUUGAAUUCACUCAUCAAUGAGUUGGCAAACGAGGUGCAAGCUGGCGACCAAAUAAUCGCCGCUCACAACGACCUUUUCCCAUUGGUUGCUGAAAUCGAGAACAGAGCGGUUGAAGUACGCUCAACAUCACCCGGAGAGGUGGCUGACCCUCAAGUGCUCAACGCAAUCAAAGAACAACUUGCUCAAGUGCUCGCUCGAGUUGAUGAUCUUGAAAGCAAAAUCAACGCGAAACCGUCACGACUCACCGGACAACCAGAGGGAGUGAACCCAGAAGCUCUGCGCAGCCGACUCCGCAACGUCGACAACUUGUUGAACGAAGAGGAGAAGAAUGUGCAAGCCAAGCUCGAGCUUGUGGCUCUUGCUAACGAUGUGGCUGCUCGUUCACAAGAUCUCGAUGAGUUGCUCGCAAAAGCACACGAAGUUCAGGGUCGACCAGAUGCCACCAUCGACGAGUUACGCAAAGCCGCCGAUGAUUUGCAGGAUCAAGAGAAGUCACCGGAGGGUGCUCAACUUGCUGCCACCACUCUUGAUCGACUUGAGAAAGCAAACGAAGCUUUGAACAACACUCGAUCCUCAUUGGAAGACCGUGCUGAUGCUCUUGAAGAUCUGCACAGAAGAGCCGACGGAGCCGGAACUAGACUCGCUGAACUCGUUGAUGAGGCGAAUCGUUUGUUGUGCGACGCUGAAGCAAUUCCAACCAAAUUCGACUCGACGGCCGCUGAGAUGAGAGAAGAAAUCUCGGUUGCACGAAACAUCCUUGCCACCGCUCCAACAGCUGCCGACGAACACGCACACUCGCUUUCAAGCACAGUCGAUGCCGCACAGGCUCUUCUGCCAGUGCUCGACGACCGCAACACCUACUGGAACGAGUUUGUGGCAGCACGAGAUGCCGCCGAUCAGCUUCUCGAGGAAGUUCGACGACCACUUGAUGCUCUCACUGCAAAACCACCUUGCUCCCUUGAUGAGGCUCGUGGUGACUUGGAGGAUGCCAAGCGUGCCAAAGAAGAGAACCUCGAACGUCUGAAGGAUGCUGUCCGUGAGAUGCAAAGACUUUCCGAACUGCUCGAUCCGUUGGAGAGUGCCUACGCAGAUGUGCGUUUCCUCGAUGCUGACGUCGAUCAAACAGCAGCACACUACGAUGAUUUGCUAACCGAGCUUCAUGCUGAGAUCGAGGAUGAAGCCGUUUGCGAUGAUUCGGCAAAACAACUCAAUAACGAGCUCUCGAGAUUGCUUGCCGACAUUCCACAAAUCAACGACCCGCAAAGCCUGGCUCUCAUCGAAGAACAACAAAUUCCAGCACUCAACGCUCAAAUGGAUUUGUUGAAGGAAAAGCUCGCAAAAGCAGAAGACACUCGUCGGCACGUCGUUCCAGACACAGCCCGCUAUGUGCAGCCAUUGGAAGAGAAGAUCGCUGAAACCGAGGCUGCUCUUGCGAAAUCCAAGCAAGCUGCUAAAGAUGCCGACAAAGAACGCCUCGUCCUGCUGCUCAAUGUGCAACUCGAACAAGCCGAGCAACUGCCACUCGAAAAUGUGUCGGUUGAUGAGUUGAAUGCUCUCGAGAAACAACUUCAAUCCCUCGGACAACCAGAAGAGCCUCAAGUGCAACAACAGCUCGAGAAGAUCGCCGAAUUGAAGGCUCGAAAGGAGAAACACGAUGACGAUGUGGCCAAGUUGCGCGAUUCGCUCGCUCGACUCACACACGACGUUGACGAGGCCGAUGCUCACACUCAUCCCAAGACUCCAGCCGCUCCCAAGAGCAAGAAGGGCAAGAAAGGAGGCAAAGGAGAACAACAGCCAACUGUUGCCGAACCGACAACCGACGAACUGAAACAAGUGGUUGCUCAACUCGAUGGACAAGUGCUUCCAGCUCUCGCUCAACUCAACGAGCAAGCCGCAAAGGUUGAGGGUUUGGAACCCGAGAAAGAGAAUGCCCACAAUUUGACUGUCCGAGCUCAAUCACUGCUUGACGAGGCACAGAAACAACUUGACGCGAAGAUUGCCGCUGAUGAGAAAGCUGCUCGUGUUGAAGCAAAAUUGCUUGAGAUCAAAGUCGUGCCCGAGAGUGUCACCGCUCUUGCACAAGCUCCACAACAAGAAAUCCCACAAGACGAUCAGGAUGAGCUGAAGAGACAAGAAGAUGCCACUGAAGUCGACAUUGGAAAGCUUCAAGAGAAACUCGGUGAAAUCGACGAGCUGCUUGCUCAAGGAGAUCUCACACCCGAGCAACAGAAAGAACUCGAAAAUGCUCGAGCAAACACAGAAAGCUAUCUGGAUAAACUUCGUCGUCUCCGAGAUGCACUUCUCGACAAACUCGCCAAUCUAGCCAAAUAUGGUCGAGACAAAGAAGCUCUUGAUGCUGCAACCGAACCUGUCUCUGAAGCACUGACCACAGUCUUCGACAAGUAUUCCACUCAAGCUCCACAACCAUUUGCCGUCGGCAAAGAAGAUCUUGGAAAAGCCGAUGAUGUGAGAGCUCGUGUUGCUGCUUUGGCCAAUCAACUUGCCGAGACAAAAGCCUGGUUGCACGACAAUCUACCAUCUCGCGAAGCAGAUCUCGAUGCACAAAUCGACGACAUCAACUGGAAGACCGACAACUUGAAUUCACUCAUCAAUGAGUUGGCAAACGAGGUGCAAGCUGGCGACCAAAUAAUCGCCGCUCACAACGACCUUUUCCCAUUGGUUGCUGAAAUCGAGAACAGAGCGGUUGAAGUACGCUCAACAUCACCCGGAGAGGUGGCUGACCCUCAAGUGCUCAACGCAAUCAAAGAACAACUUGCUCAAGUGCUCGCUCGAGUUGAUGAUCUUGAAAGCAAAAUCAACGCGAAACCGUCACGACUCACCGGACAACCAGAGGGAGUGAACCCAGAAGCUCUGCGCAGCCGACUCCGCAACGUCGACAACUUGUUGAACGAAGAGGAGAAGAAUGUGCAAGCCAAGCUCGAGCUUGUGGCUCUUGCUAACGAUGUGGCUGCUCGUUCACAAGAUCUCGAUGAGUUGCUCGCAAAAGCACACGAAGUUCAGGGUCGACCAGAUGCCACCAUCGACGAGUUACGCAAAGCCGCCGAUGAUUUGCAGGGUGGAAAGGCGUUGCUUGAUGCGCUCAACGACGACUACGAAAAGAUCAAGAAAAUCGAUCAAGAUCAAGAGAAGUCACCGGAGGGUGCUCAACUUGCUGCCACCACUCUUGAUCGACUUGAGAAAGCAAACGAAGCUUUGAACAACACUCGAUCCUCAUUGGAAGACCGUGCUGAUGCUCUUGAAGAUCUGCACAGAAGAGCCGACGGAGCCGGAACUAGACUCGCUGAACUCGUUGAUGAGGCGAAUCGUUUGUUGUGCGACGCUGAAGCAAUUCCAACCAAAUUCGACUCGACGGCCGCUGAGAUGAGAGAAGAAAUCUCGGUUGCACGAAACAUCCUUGCCACCGCUCCAACAGCUGCCGACGAACACGCACACUCGCUUUCAAGCACAGUCGAUGCCGCACAGGCUCUUCUGCCAGUGCUCGACGACCGCAACACCUACUGGAACGAGUUUGUGGCAGCACGAGAUGCCGCCGAUCAGCUUCUCGAGGAAGUUCGACGACCACUUGAUGCUCUCACUGCAAAACCACCUUGCUCCCUUGAUGAGGCUCGUGGUGACUUGGAGGAUGCCAAGCGUGCCAAAGAAGAGAACCUCGAACGUCUGAAGGAUGCUGUCCGUGAGAUGCAAAGACUUUCCGAACUGCUCGAUCCGUUGGAGAGUGCCUACGCAGAUGUGCGUUUCCUCGAUGCUGACGUCGAUCAAACAGCAGCACACUACGAUGAUUUGCUAACCGAGCUUCAUGCUGAGAUCGAGGAUGAAGCCGUUUGCGAUGAUUCGGCAAAACAACUCAAUAACGAGCUCUCGAGAUUGCUUGCCGACAUUCCACAAAUCAACGACCCGCAAAGCCUGGCUCUCAUCGAAGAACAACAAAUUCCAGCACUCAACGCUCAAAUGGAUUUGUUGAAGGAAAAGCUCGCAAAAGCAGAAGACACUCGUCGGCACGUCGUUCCAGACACAGCCCGCUAUGUGCAGCCAUUGGAAGAGAAGAUCGCUGAAACCGAGGCUGCUCUUGCGAAAUCCAAGCAAGCUGCUAAAGAUGCCGACAAAGAACGCCUCGUCCUGCUGCUCAAUGUGCAACUCGAACAAGCCGAGCAACUGCCACUCGAAAAUGUGUCGGUUGAUGAGUUGAAUGCUCUCGAGAAACAACUUCAAUCCCUCGGACAACCAGAAGAGCCUCAAGUGCAACAACAGCUCGAGAAGAUCGCCGAAUUGAAGGCUCGAAAGGAGAAACACGAUGACGAUGUGGCCAAGUUGCGCGAUUCGCUCGCUCGACUCACACACGACGUUGACGAGGCCGAUGCUCACACUCAUCCCAAGACUCCAGCCGCUCCCAAGAGCAAGAAGGGCAAGAAAGGAGGCAAAGGAGAACAACAGCCAACUGUUGCCGAACCGACAACCGACGAACUGAAACAAGUGGUUGCUCAACUCGAUGGACAAGUGCUUCCAGCUCUCGCUCAACUCAACGAGCAAGCCGCAAAGGUUGAGGGUUUGGAACCCGAGAAAGAGAAUGCCCACAAUUUGACUGUCCGAGCUCAAUCACUGCUUGACGAGGCACAGAAACAACUUGACGCGAAGAUUGCCGCUGAUGAGAAAGCUGCUCGUGUUGAAGCAAAAUUGCUUGAGAUCAAAGUCGUGCCCGAGAGUGUCACCGCUCUUGCACAAGCUCCACAACAAGAAAUCCCACAAGACGAUCAGGAUGAGCUGAAGAGACAAGAAGAUGCCACUGAAGUCGACAUUGGAAAGCUUCAAGAGAAACUCGGUGAAAUCGACGAGCUGCUUGCUCAAGGAGAUCUCACACCCGAGCAACAGAAAGAACUCGAAAAUGCUCGAGCAAACACAGAAAGCUAUCUGGAUAAACUUCGUCGUCUCCGAGAUGCACUUCUCGACAAACUCGCCAAUCUAGCCAAAUAUGGUCGAGACAAAGAAGCUCUUGAUGCUGCAACCGAACCUGUCUCUGAAGCACUGACCACAGUCUUCGACAAGUAUUCCACUCAAGCUCCACAACCAUUUGCCGUCGGCAAAGAAGAUCUUGGAAAAGCCGAUGAUGUGAGAGCUCGUGUUGCUGCUUUGGCCAAUCAACUUGCCGAGACAAAAGCCUGGUUGCACGACAAUCUACCAUCUCGCGAAGCAGAUCUCGAUGCACAAAUCGACGACAUCAACUGGAAGACCGACAACUUGAAUUCACUCAUCAAUGAGUUGGCAAACGAGGUGCAAGCUGGCGACCAAAUAAUCGCCGCUCACAACGACCUUUUCCCAUUGGUUGCUGAAAUCGAGAACAGAGCGGUUGAAGUACGCUCAACAUCACCCGGAGAGGUGGCUGACCCUCAAGUGCUCAACGCAAUCAAAGAACAACUUGCUCAAGUGCUCGCUCGAGUUGAUGAUCUUGAAAGCAAAAUCAACGCGAAACCGUCACGACUCACCGGACAACCAGAGGGAGUGAACCCAGAAGCUCUGCGCAGCCGACUCCGCAACGUCGACAACUUGUUGAACGAAGAGGAGAAGAAUGUGCAAGCCAAGCUCGAGCUUGUGGCUCUUGCUAACGAUGUGGCUGCUCGUUCACAAGAUCUCGAUGAGUUGCUCGCAAAAGCACACGAAGUUCAGGGUCGACCAGAUGCCACCAUCGACGAGUUACGCAAAGCCGCCGAUGAUUUGCAGGGUGGAAAGGCGUUGCUUGAUGCGCUCAACGACGACUACGAAAAGAUCAAGAAAAUCGAUCAAGAUCAAGAGAAGUCACCGGAGGGUGCUCAACUUGCUGCCACCACUCUUGAUCGAUUGACCAACUACAGUGAUGGUUUGAACGCAGCCAGUCAUGAUUUGGAGGAUUUGAUUGCCGGCUUGGAGUCCUAUUUGAGAUCCGUUGACGAGAUUCAUGCAGCAUUGGACGAUUCAGAGAAUGCUCUGGCUUCAUCUGAUAUUACUGCGAUUAACCAUGCUCUUGAGAUCAUUACAGACAUUAAGCCACAAUUAACCGAGUUAAACCAUCAAGCAAAAGCCCUCACUGAAAUGGCUCAUCCACCGGCUGAAGCCGAGAAAUUGGAAAUUCAUGCCAGGCAAUUAGAGGAAGAACUGGAAAGGCAUUUGGAGAAAACAGCGUCAACCAAGAGACAAGCUGAAGAUCUAUCAAAACUACACUUUGAAAUUGAAGAUCAAAGCAAGGCGCUAGUUUUGCUAAUAGAUGAGGCCAACUCUCUACUGCAAGAUUCCGAAGCAUUGCCUUCAAGCUUCGAAGUGUUAUCAAGUGCCUUGAGUCAGGAGAUUGAAAGAGGCGAGUCCCUGAUCGAUCAAGGAUCAAUGAGUGAUCCCCGUGUGAUUUCCCUUUCACAUAUCGUUGAUGCGGCUAAAGAAGUAUUUGAUGCUUUGAAUGCAAAGAUUGCUUUGCUGAAGAAGUUCGAUACUUUGCUUGACAGUCUCAAUGAUCAGAUCGAUCAAUUGCGGGAAAAUCUCAAUGAGGGAGAAUUGAUGAAAGUCAACGACGCCGAUGUGCUCCUGGACAAAAUGAAGGAUGACAUUCCCACUCGAAUUGUCAGGCUGAAAGACACGGAAAGUGACCUUUUCGAUAUUGCGACAAGAGUCGAACCAUUAACACAACCAGGUGAUGCGAUUCGAUUCGCUUCUGUUGACGUGGAAAAUGUCGAGCGAACGAUGGAGGACACUCUGGAGCGUCUUUCCGCCGAGAUCGCUGCCGAGCACGAGCUCCGCCGAACGCUCGACAUUUUGCACAACGAGGUCGAACAGACGAAAGAAGAACUCGAGCACGACCCAAGCAGUCAAGCAACACUUGUCGUACCAAGGAACAAAGAACCAUUGCUCUCCGACAUUUUGGCCCAUCUCGAACACCAACGGGAUAUCGUUUCCGCUAGUGCCACCCAUCGGUUAUUCGUCUUGUCGGAAACCGAUGACGAGCUGGCGGCACUGAUUUUGGAGGUGCGUGACUUACACGAGCGUGCUUUACAAGGGCCAGAUGAGGACGAGGAUGAGACAACGACUCAAGAAGACGAAAUGGGACCCGGGCCAAGCACAAGUCGAGCCACACAACAAGUCGGCGACUAUCGCCGAGCCGCCGCCGAGGUGUUGGCUCGUCUGUAUCCCGAUGACAAUCCACUGGACGUUUGCAGGGAAAGGGGCAUCGAAUUGAGCGUCCCCUACGAUUUUGAAGAUUCACAGAGCGAGCUGAGCUCCUUUGGGGAAAGCUCCGCAUCGACCUGCUUGAGUCCUGUACCCGACGAUCCGACUGGCACAGAGGCUGCUGCCCACUACCGUAGACAGAGAUCCCGAUGGAGGCGAGUGUUGAAGACUGCAUUACCGCUACAGGCGAUGCUCGUUCUGCUCCUCGGUGCCGCGUGUCUCGUGCCACAUUGUGACGAUGAAUACUGUUGUCAGCUAUUGAAUAAUUUCGCUCGUUCUCUCGAUCCAACUCUCGAGUUCAUCAAUGGACCGCCACCAUUC